CAAUUCCUUUCCGGACAGGCAAGGCUAGGGUUUGAAGGCUUCUCAUAAGCCGAAUCGCUCUGUUGCUUUCUGCCGCCUUAUAAGCCAUACCACCGCUUUCGAUACGAGAACCUGUUCUUUCCCUGUCUUCUCUUCAGCCAGUCGUGCUCCAAGACGCCGAGCUCCGUCCGCACGUGGUCCUAUUAUUUAUAUUUGGGUGCUCAAGUUCUUCUGAAUGGCUGAAAUUGGCAAACGAUAUCGUCAUGGGGACGGUGAUAGUGCAGGAAAAAAUCAAAAGAGGAGAGUUGGAAACAAGGAGAAUUUUAAUGAUGGAGAAUUGGUUUUCUACCGAAUACUUUGUCCAGACAAUGUUAUUGGAAGUGUAAUUGGCAAAGGUGGUAAAGUGAUCAAUUCCAUUAGACAAGAGACACAUUCCAAGAUCAAAGUUGUUGAUCCCUUUCCUGGUGCUCAGAAGAGGGUUAUAAUUGUGUACUGUUAUGUGAAGGAUAAGGAUCCUGUUGAUGUUGAGGAUGAGAUCACCAAACCUCUUUGCCCCGCCCAAGAAGGCUUGUUGAGAGUUCAUGCUGCUAUUAUAAAUGCUCUGUCGAACAUGGAGGAUGUUGACCAACAAGGUAGGGAAGAAGUUGAGCUGCUUGUUCCGACCAGUCAGGCCUCUAAUAUCAUUGGAAAAUCUGGAUCAAUUAUCAAGAAGUUAAGGGCGAAAACCAAGGCGGUUAUAAAGAUUAGCCCGAAGGAUGUUAGCAAUGCUGCUCAUUCUUGUGCUAUGAGCUUUGAUAACUUUCUUCAGAUAACUGGUGAUCCUGGAGCGGUGAAGAAUGCUCUCCUUGCUGUUUCAACAAUUAUGUAUAAAUUCUCUCCAAAGGAAGAAAUUUCUCUUGAUACAACUGUUCCAGAAAUCCCACCCAGCAUAAUCAUUCCAUCUGAUGUUCCUAUUUACCCAUCUAGUAACUUCUACCAUAGCACUGAUGCAAUUGUUGCCCCUCCAAGAUCCGUGCCCCCAGUUAUUGGUGCCACACACAUGCCCGAACUUCCGGGAUACACUGACUCCACCGGUAACUGGCCCUUGUACUCAUCAACCCUUCCUAUUCUAUCUGGAUAUGGUGGCCCAUCUCGCUCAGAGGAAUUUGUCAUCCGAGUCUUGUGUCCGUCAGAUAAGAUCGGACGUGUUAUUGGAAAAGGUGGGAGCACGAUAAAAUCUGUGAGGCAAUCCAGUGGCGCACGUGUUGAAGUUGAUGAUACGAAGAGAAAAAAUGACGAGUGUAUCAUCACCGUUUCUUCCACAGAGUCUAUAGAUGAUGUAAAAUCAGCUGCAGUCGAGGCUGUGUUGUUGCUUCAAGGAAAGAUACAUGAUGAAGAUGAUGAAUCUGUGGCUAUUCGCCUUCUCGUACCGACGAAAGUGAUUGGCUGCCUUAUCGGUAAGGGUGGUUCGAUUAUAAAUGAAAUGCGCAAAAAAUCAAAGGCUGAGAUUCGCAUUUCAAAGAGCGAAAGGUCAAAAUCUUCUUCUGAUGAAGAACGUGUAGAGAUUUCUGGUGAGGCAAGCAGGGUGAGAGAUGCAUUACUUCAGAUUAUACUUAGGUUGAGGGAGGAUGCUCUUAAAGAUAAAGAUGGAAAUGAUGCUCUACCUACCUCUGAGUCUCUUUACAAUAGCAGUUUGUCGGUGCCACCUCUACUGUCCAGCGGUCAAGGUGUUGGAAAUAUGGGCUAUGAUCAUAGAACGGAACCUGGAAGUGGGUUGGGGCUGCUUUCUAGCAGCAGUAUUUAUGGUUACAGCUCUCUGCAGGCUGGAGAGAGCGCAUAUGGUUCCCUUUCAUCAUACCCAUCAAAGUCUUAUGGAGGAUUGCCUUCGUAUGUUGAGAUGAGCAUCCCCUCACAUGCAAUUAGCAAAGUGUUGGGAAAAGGCGGAUUAAACCUUGCUAACAUUCGGAAGAUAUCUGGAGCUGAUAUAGAAAUUGUUGAUUCUAAAUCAUCACGCUAUGAGCGUAUUGCUCAGAUUUCAGGAACCCCAGAUCAGAAACGUUCCGCGGAGAAUUUAAUUCAGGCAUUUAUCAUGUCAACCUGAUCAUUCACAUCCAGUCUUUAGAGCCAGAAAGUUAGUCUCUGUUCUGUAAUGUGGUAUUCAAGCUUAUCCUCCUUCGUUCCGUCAUUUCUUUCUGGAGAGGAAGUAGUAGGAUCCUUAAAUUCCUCUUCCCUUAACAUCUACUUUUCCUAUCAAACAGGGUCAUGAAGAAUCUUCCAAGAAACUAGGUGAAAUUCUCUAUGCUGAUGCUUUUUUAUGGACAUCUUAGAAGUUUUAGGUUCUUUUCUAUUUCUCUUUAAUUUUAUGGCUGUUAGAGCAGAAGUCACUGUUAUCAGUAUGAGUGCUCUCUUUCGAAUCUUUUUAUCUGGUUGUCUGGUAUAUUCGUACCCAUCUUCUCAACUAUAUUUCAAACCUCUGCAUCCUUUCGUUGUAAGACUGAACUGUGCUUUUCACUUUUUCCAUCUGAACGGAUUAUAUUCACUUAGAUCAUGUUCAAAGGUGCACUGUUUCUGUAUCUUACUUUCAGAGGCAAUGUGUGCUAUGUGAACUGGAAAUGUGCCAAUUUAUUUCUUGUCAAUGCAACCAUCUGAUGCUUGAAAUCUAUAUUUUUUGCAAACUGGUAGAUAAACUCCUUUGUGUUGCCGUUUUGAUUAUCAAAAUAAAUUGGCUGUAUUAUAUCUGUGUUUUUUUUCCCUUUCUCUGUUUUGCACAUGUGAUGGAUUUAUGGAACAAUACAUUUCCUUGGAAUACUGAAAAAAUGACGAGGAACUUUCUUUUUUCCAUACUUUCUAGAAGUUAGAAUAAACCAUUUUCUUUCUUCACUCACUUGAUUGGGAAAAAAAGCUUGUUCAUAAAAAUCUCAUUUAGGGCUACUUCACUUUAUACAGUUUUAUCUUCAAUAUGAACGCUACUUUGCGUGGACUAUUGGGAAAGUAUGGUCCUUUCUGAAGUUUUUGGGUAAAAUAAUACUCGUUGAUAUUCAGAUCUUGUAGGUAGUUUUGCUGAGAUUACUUAGCUUAAUUACCUGUAGUCUGCCGCUGCUUCAUCCUUUCGUUUAUGUGAUACUAAAGAUUUCAUUUAUGAAGUUUUUGUAUCUGAAGUGAAUUUUUUUUUCUGCUGCUUUACCUGCUGUGAGACAGAUUACAGCACUAUCUUAUUACUCGUAUCAAUGACCUAUAUAUUACUCAUUCUUAUCUUUAGAUAUCUGGUAUCGGAAAAUAUUCACUCUUUUAGAGGAAUAUAAUCAAUUUGCAACUUGUUGCUGUCAAAAGCUUUGUUCAAGUUUAAUAUGAUACAUAUGGUAUUAUCAUGUGGACCAGCAUUUUAAAUAUUUUAAGAAUCAUUGAAAUCUUUUUUCAUGAGGAACAAUACAUAUAUUUAUUGGAUAGAUAUUUAUUACAAUUAAUGGCUGCUUUCUUAAGUAAACAAUGUUCAAGUUUGAAAUCUAAAGAAUUAGGAUUUCCUAAUUAACGGUGAUAGCUUUUUCUCAACUUCUUGUUAGGCAGACGUCUUUAAAAAGUUGUCUUUCUAUUCCUACUUCAGCUACCCGCCCCAUAAUUGGUUCUUCUAUUUCUGUUUUGGUAUAGCUAGCACUUAUAAGAUUUCCUUCCUUUCUAUGGUAGUUAUCAAGCCAGAGGGUAUGUAUCACUGAAUAACGACUUUCUAAUGAGAAAAUUGAAUUUAAAUAAUUUUUUUUGAGAGUGAACUUACAGUUAGUUUGGGAAUUUGGAAUAAAAAACAUGCAAAUAAUUCGUACGUUUAAGCUUCCUUCUAUAAAACGUUGAUCAACCUCAACAUUUGUGGUUCUAUCAUCUUAGACAAGAUUUUUGGCUAUACUUGCAGAAAUUUUUGUCUCACAAUAUUGUCUCAUUUGAAACUUCAUUUUGUUAAAAUGAACGUUAUCAUUAUUCAUGACCCUAUAUUGCAACUCCAUCACUGUUCCUUGAAUAUUGCAACUUCAUCACUGUUCCAGUAUACGCCUUCCACAUUUUUCUCCCUAAGUAACCAUGUUGACUCAUACAUGGAUGCAUUGACUUGGUGCGGAUCUUUUAUAAUUAGUAGGAACCAACCCAAUUUAUUAUUAAAAUAGAAUUGAAUUUGAACAUUCCUUUGUAAGGAUAUUUAUAAUUUUUUGGAAUGUUGAGAUAGAAGACAUGCAAAAAAAUUGCUACAUAGAUACAUUAACUUGGAGCGUAUCUUUUGUAAUUAGUAGGAACCAACCCAAUUUAUUAUGACAAUAAAAUUGAAUUCAAACAUUGAUUUGUAAGUAUAUUUAUAAGUUUUUGGAAAGUUGGAAUAAAAGACAUGCAAAAAAUCGCUACUUUAAGCCUCUCCUUAUGAAAUGUCAUUUAACUUCAACAUGUUUGAUUUUAUCUUGACUACGUUUAUUGGCUGUGCUUAUAGAAGCUUUGUUGUCAAUUAUAAAACUUAAUUUGAAAAUUCUUUUUGGUUAAAUAAACACAUGGUAUAACCAUAAUAAUUCACACACGCAUCAUCUUUAUGUUUAGUAGUAGAGCCAUUCCAAUCUACGUCAAUGUAAUUUUUUGAUAUAGCAUAUUGUGUUUUUCUUUGAUUUAGUUUCUGUUCAGAAUAACUUUUAAGUACCCCAAGAUUUUCUGCAUAACUUUUAAUUGUUUUUUCUUGGUUGGAGAGCACAUACUUUGGAUUUCAUUAAAGGCUAUAUCGAUUCUUGUAUGGGAUAUGACAAUUAAAUUUUGAUAAGCCACAUCAACAAAUUUUGUAUUCUUGACUUCUUUGAAUUUAAUUAUCGGAUCAAUUGUAUUGUCAGUAGGCUGAAUCUACUCAGCCUGUUGAAAUAUGAGAAAUUAUUACUCCAUUUUAUUGAAUUUCUUAUUUUCUUUCUUAGAAAAUAUUUGAGGCCUUUCAGGUGAUUGAUUUCAAAUUAUUUAGCAAGGUGUACUUUUAGUUGAUCUCCCAAUUAAUUUCCAUCCAUAACAUUUAUCGUGACUUUGUUGCCAUUUAUGUAAGCAAUUAUUAUUGUGUCCUUCAUUCUCUAGACUUUUUUUCCUUUAAAAUCCAGGUGGAUCUGUGGAAUAUUUAUUGAUCUUUGUUGGGAAAUGCAUUCUUGACAUGUACUUGGUAUGGUUAAACGAAGAUUUGUUGCCAUAAAAAAAUAAAUACUUUAACCGUAUACAAAUUUUGAUUUAGGGGUGAUAUUUUUUUCAUCUGAUUAAUUCCAUUGGUUUUAGUAAAUCCUUUAACAAUUAAGGAGCCUUAUAUUUCUAUGUGACUCAUUUGAAUUGAAAUUAAUUGAAAUAUCUUAUUUAUAACUAAUAACUAUUGUCUUUCCAUUUCUCAAGUCACCAUCUCUCAAGUUGUGUUUUUGUCAAGAUCUCCUCUUUAUUCAGUUAAAUGUAAAGUCUCUUGCGCAUUUUUGGGAAUCUUGAUCAAUGUUAGAUUGGUUUUGAAGGUACAAAAAAGGGGGUGACUAUUCUCUUUUGGAUAAAAUUAGAUAUGGGAUGAUUAGUGUUAGGUUUGCAUCCUUGCAUCCUUGAGAACUAAUUAGCAUUUUGAGGUCGUCAAAAUUCUUUUUUAGAAUUUGGAUAUGAUGGAGACCUGUUUUGUGAGUUAUGACUUUGAUUUGGGUUGUAAUUAUGGUUUCGUAGAUGACCCUCAGAUUCUUUUCCAUUAGAUGAACAUUUACUUAAUUUAGUUCAAUGAUUUAUCCAUAUUGGUUCAUUCUCUAUUUUGGCUUAAUCAUGGUUUAUAUGGUAAGUUUUCAUCAGUAGAAUUGCCAAGUUCUGAAGGUUCUAAGAAUAGUAUGGGUAAAUUCAUCAUUAAAAUGACUUAAAUUUCACUCAUCAUUUUGAGUUACCAUUUACCCUCCCCCUUGAUACUUUUUUCAAAGAAAGGUUUUGUUUUAUCAAGGAUAGGCAUCCUAGAUUGACAAAUUUUUUAACAAGGCAAAGCAUUUGUACACUUCUUGAUCUGAAAACUAACAUAAGAAAACACAUUUUACCGCCAUAGGAUCUUGUUUCUUAUGCUUUUUUUAUAUUGAUUUUGUGUACAAUUGUGGCAUAAUGAAAUAUCUUAAUUGCGUAAAUUGGCGAGAUACUUGAUAUCUCCUCGCAUGCUUCUAGGGUACAUUGGAUCAGGGCGCCAAUCCCGAUCAUUGGUGAUGCCUUUUUCUCAAUUUUCCUCUAAACAAAUCAGUCCAAAAAUAGUGAUUCGGUGCCCUCAUGCUCCAACUUCUCCCAUAGUAGAUCCCCCUUCUCCCUUGUUCAUGUUUUCAUUAAUCCUUUCCUUUACAGAACUCUAUAGGAUUAUUCAACUCUUCUCACCCUUUCUUUUGUAUCAGAUAUUUGGAUCUAGAGACCUGAAUCAACUUUCACCGUCUCUCCCUUGUAAAUAACAUAGAUAUAGUUCUAGAUGACAACCUUUCUUCAUAUUUCAAUGACUUAUUCUGAAUCAGACGGCUGCGAUUUGCCCUCAACAUCACAAAUUCAUCCCUUUUUUGGUUUCCUUGUCGAUGUAGCCUUCUUGAUACAGUUUUCCUUUUUGUCUGUUCAGAAAUUCCUGUUGUUGUCACCGAAUUUCGCAGAUUCCUAUUUGAUGUUUAUCUCCUAACUUCCUCUUUUAGAAGUUACUUUUAGGAGUAUUUCUUUCCCAGAAAUUAUUUCACAGUUUGGCUGUUUUGAAGAAUCUAGAAUAGAGUCUGGAUCAUAAGUUCAGCUGUCCUUUUUUUUUUAAACGCAAUUGGUGUAAAUGUAAAACUACAGUUUUGAUGAGAGAUGUAGCAGUUAUAGCAUGAUUGACAAA